AUGCUGAAGAGCGAGGCAUCUCUCUCGAUUUACUGCGAUUCUGGGGAUGUUUUCAAAGCCGAAGAUCAGGUGAUUGGAAUCGAGGAGAAUCUGGAGAGAACGGUUUCGAUUGGCGAUUCGGUUGAAACCGACUUCAGUUUCGCCAAAGACAAGAUCAAGGAAGAGGACGGUGGUGGUGGUGGUGGUGCCCGUGAACGUCAAGAGCAAGGUUUUGAGAUUGAACGACCACCGAGUCCUGCGAUGCAUUUAGCUGCAGGACUAGGGAUUGAUAAGUUCGAUUUGUUUGGUAAGGAGAUCAAAUUCGAUUUACCUGGUUUCGACGAUGAGAAUUGUGAUGACUAUUACAAAACCAUGCUCGACGAGUAUCCAUCGCAUCCUUUGCUUCUCAAAAACUAUGCCAAGUUCUUGGAGUACAAAGGAGAUCUUAGUGGAGCAAAAGAGUAUUAUCAUAAGUGUACAGUAGUUGAGCCUAGUGAUGGAUUAGCCUUAGCAAGCUAUGGCAGAUUAGUGAUGAAGCUUCAUCAGGAUGAAGCUACUGCAUCAAGUUACUUUGAACGCGCUGUUCAAGCAUCUCCUCAGGAUAGCAAUGUUCUUGCAGCAUAUGCUAGUUUCCUCUGGGAGAUUAAUGACGAUGAGGAUGGCGUUGACGAUGAUGACUAUACUGGAGACCGAACUCCGCAAGAAAAAGGAGAAUUUGAGCCUGAGGCAGCGGAAAAACGGAGCUCAAGGUUGUCUGAAACAGAAGAUGGAGAAACGCUAUGUAGAUAUGCGAAAGCGUUUUGGAGUAUCAAUGGUGAUCAUGAGAAGGCCUUGUUCUAUUUCGAGAAGGCCGUUAAAGCCUCUCCAAAUAACAGCAUUAUUCUUGGAGAGUACGCUCGGUUCCUAUGGGAAUUAGAAGAAUGA